GAGAGCGAGUUCAAUUACCAUAAGCUAGGGUAGAUGAGGAACUGCAUUAUUUUGAUAUGACAUACAUUUUUUCUCAAAGACUAUUUCCAGUGAUGAAGAUAAGAAAUUAAGAGCAAAAUAUUUAACAUUUCCAGCAGAACCAAUAGUAAAGGAAGUCCUUUUUAAAAUUUUUAAGUAUAUAACUUUCUGAAGAAAUGUUAGGACCAAACGGCUUCGAUUAUAACAACUGGUAAUAUGUGAUCUUGGUUAUAUUUAUAAAAUACGGAACAUGCAGCUCAGCUAAGAAUAGAAUAGGAAUAGAUUCCUGCAUUGUUGUAAGAAUGACAGUUAAUUAAUGUUGUAAAAUACGGGUUAAUGACCAGCUGUCCUUAGCAUUUUGAUAUUUAUGGAGUAACAUAUAUAAACGAUAGGCAAGAACAUUCUGUAUUGUGAAUGUGCUGUCAUGCCUUACAAUGCCAUUUGGCAUGUUACACAACAAUAUUCUCAUAACUUAUGCUAAAAUAAUAAAAGAAACAGAAUGCAAACAGAACAGAAACUCCUGCACUCCACUGCCAAGCAGCAAAAUAUUAACUACCAACAACUGCUGGGCCAAGUUAUGUGAAACUACAAAAAGGGAUGGCCAGCGAGGGGAGGUAAACAAUGUUACAUGACCUCCCCUGUUAUUUUAUCUGUCUCAGAUUCUCUAAAUAUCCCCCCAUAGCCUAGGAUCCUCCUCCCCUCAAACACCAUUAGAAGAGCUGGAGUACAAAUUGUCUGUUUGAUUGUGAGAAAACGGGCGUUGGUGACAUCUGGCAGAGCUUUCAGAGAUCUUCACAAACGUCAGUCCAUGUCACUUGUUAUCGUAAUCACUCUGCCCUGCCAUUAUUGUGUUAUGUUAAGUAGCGAGUCUGCUUUCUCUCUGUGGCUCUUUCCUCCUUGGGUUUCAAUUCCAAACAUGGUUAUCCUUCUCAGGGUCUCUAUCCCCGCCUCUCCAGCUCAAUGUGUCCAACAGUCCAGUGCGUGACGGAACAGAAGCAGAGACGCUUUAGGACUGAUAUUGUCAAAUUCGAAAGGAAAAGUGGGUGUCAACGGAAUGGAAUUAUGAAGCUUCUUUUAUUCCAACUAUUUUUGGCAGUAAGAGGUGUAUUGGCUGUUAGAGGCUGAGGGGAACAAUCUUUUUAUAUCUGACAUUAAUUUUAUGUUUCUAACAAACUUUUAACACCUUGGGCUUAUGUACCACUACUUUUUAUCAACAAGGCUCUUUUUUUGAAAUCCAUUGAACUGAAGACCACAUAGCCAUAAACAUGAAUAGUGGCGACUCUACCUUGAUUGACUCUAUAAUUUACAAUCACACACUCUGCGAUGGAUGGACCAACAGCACAGAAGGUGCCAUCUACCAUCUGGGUAACACCAUUCUUUUUUUGGGCUAUAUGGGUGGUAGUGGAGCAUACGGGGCGCUGUACAUCUUCAGCUUUUUGGCUCCUGCUUUCGUCUGUUUGACUCUGUGGGGCUGGUUGACAAUGUGUGGCCUUGAUGUCUUCCUCUGGAACUUGCUGCUGAUGCUGCAGUGUUUGGCCCAGGUGUGUCAUCUGAUUUUUCGGCUGAUGCAGGAUGGUUUAGCUAACGAGGAGCUUUCUGCGCUUUACACAGCGGUCUAUCUGCCUCUGGAUGUACCUGUGCAGGUGUUUAAGGAGAUUACGGCUGCCAGUGAGAACAAAGUGCUCUCUCUAGCGGCCGAGGAGACGUAUGCUAUAGAGGGGAAGACGCCCAUUGAUCAGUUGUCUUUUCUUCUUUCUGGCAGGAUCAGAGUGUCCUUAGAAGGUCAGUUCCUCCAUUAUAUCUUCCCUCACCAGUUUCUUGAUUCUCCAGAAUGGGAGUCUCUAAGACCUACAGAAGAGGGCAACUUCCAGGUGACACUGACAGCAGAGACGGACUGUCGUUAUAUCUCUUGGCGCAGACGUCGGCUUUACCUUCUGCUGUCUAAGGAUCGUUACGUUGCCCGACUUUUCUCAGUCAUGCUCGGUAGUGACAUUGCUGACAAACUGUACUCACUCAAUGACAAGCUGUUUGCCAAGAGUGGUGUGCGUCUUGAUAUCCGUCUGCCCAGUCUCUACCAUGUCCUCGCCCCCUCGCCACAGGGCAGUGAGGGUGGCAGUGCUAGUUCACCACCCAGGGGGAGCCAAGGAGAUGCUACAGUUGUGCCGAUUGAUCCAGCCCCAUCUAACCGGGGCUUAGAUGCAAGAAAAGUCCUUCCAGACAUGGGAAAGACCCCAGUGCCCAAACCUCCACAUCAACAACCCUCUGACACGGAGAUGCCCUUUGGUGAGGAUUCAACCAGCUUGGUUCUGGAGGACUUUGCUGAUAUGACAGGCUCUCUAAUGGACUACGGGAGUGAAAGGGAUUAUUUGAAGUAAUAGUUGGGGUGUUGACGCUAACACACUGGGACACUUCUUAUAACACAAUAAGGUGAUACUCCAGGAAGACUUCGAUUCCAAAGAGGAGGUGCCCCACUGGCCCCUACUGACACCCCAAAGCUGUAGGAAUGGUUUCAGCAAUGUAAAGACCAUAACAUCUGAACGAUUCUUCCACCAGAAUCACCACUGAAUCUGAUUCCACUCAUACAAAUGAAGACAACAUUAACACAACGAACACUAAAUAGAUUUUUUUAAAAUGUCCUUUUGUUUUGGACAGUGACAGGAGAAGAGAUCAAACCUCCCAAAAGAGAUACUGUUAUAUAUGAUUCCACAUUGCACAAAAUUUUCAUUUGUUUUGGCAUGUGCUUAAUACUUAAAUCUGUUUGGAAUACAUGAGACAGGCAAAACGUUAGAUUUUCAAACACAAAUUAAUUUUAGCAGCACUUCAGAUACUAGUUAUAUAUAUAUAGAUAUAUAU